GGCGGCAUCUGAAUGCUCUAGUCCUGAUGGGCACUAGAGCAAGCGAGAUACAACCCAUACCUAAAUCACAGUGUGGGGCAACGGGUGAGCUGAGACUGAGUGUAGCUUACCCCGUCCACCAUUUAAUAAAAAUAUAUAUCGGGUAUUUGUACUUUUCCAUCCAAUGGAUGCAGCAGUGAUGAACCCCCAGAUAAUGACGGAUGUCAACGGCAACAGCAAUGCCGCGAACGCCGAACUGGAGGUGAAAAAGCUCCAAGAGCUGGUUCGGAAAUUGGAGCGGCAAAAUGAGCAAUUGAGGACGCGGGCGAACGGCUGCACUGGCAGCCCCCACAUUCUACCUCCCUCCCCGGCCUACAUGGCCGGGAGCUACUGCAUACCUAGUCCGUUACCGACGCUACUGUGCCAGUCUUCCUUGGAGUCAUUUUUCCCGUUGGACGAACCGUUCGAAUAUUUACAUUCACAUUAUGUUGAUACUGCUCUCGAGACGGAUGCUGAUUAUAUGGAACCUACGGUUCUGGAUGAGGUGGACAUUCUGGACCUAGAUGCUAUAUUCUCUAAUGAAGACUCUGAAGCUACCUGGCUCUAUGUGUCAGCCAAGGCCCGGCUGUGGGGGGAGAGCCCUGUUACCCCCCUCCAGUGGAGCAGACAGGUCCUGGACAGCCCCAGAACAGAGGUGGAGUCUGCCCGCUCACUGUGCCUCAGGUUGGACCAAGUCCAUAGGUGGCGGGGGGUCUUCUCCAGCCACUCUUCCCCUGCCCUCCCCCUGAGACGUGUAGCUGGAGUGUCCCCCCUCAGUGCCUCGUUCUCCAGGUCCUGCUCCACCCCUCCGCCCGCUGACAGACCUGACUCAUUCUCCUCACCCCUCCAUCCUCUCCUCCACCUGUCCCUGACUCCUGUAGGGAAGGCUGAGAGAAUUCCCACAUUCCUCCCAGCCAAUCACAAUCGCAGCCGCAGCCUCCGGCGGUUCCUCCUCAGCCCCCAGUCUUCCAUGGACAGUGAGCUCAGUGCCUCUGAGCUGGAGGAUGACUCCGUCACGCGGGGAUACAAGCUGCAGGACCUUGUUGACGUCCAGGUCAUGGCUCGUCUGCAGGAGGACAGUCUUCGUCAGGACUACGCCACCACCUCCAUCAACCGCCGCAGCGCCAGCUUCUCCUUCCUCUCCCUUCAUCACAGCGGCGAGGCCGACCUGGAGGAGGAAGAGGAUGAGGAAGAGUACGGGCAGCUACCUCCUCCCCAGCCCCGCCUGACCCGUGUGGGACCCACCCUGCAGCGCGGCCUCUCCCACUCCCACACCUUCUCCAGCAUACGGGACUGGAGGAGGAGCACAACCAGCCUCUCCAGCCCCUCCACCCCUCAGUACCCCUCUGGAGGAUUCUCCUAUCAGCCCCCACCCCAACCCCAGGCCCUGGCCAGCCCCACACUCAGCACCUACACACCCGAACAACAGGGCUUCAGGCCUGGAUCAGAUAAGCUGCGGAGGAGCAUGCCCAACCUGUUCAGGGCUCCCAGUGUGCCUAGCCCACUGAGCCCAGCCAAUCACAUCGGCUCUCCUUCCACCCUUCGGAACAGUCUGAGCUUCGACUCGUCCAAUGGGCUGGCCAGCAGGCUACAGUCCUCCAUCCCUUCACCCGGUCAGUUGCAGAACAGAGUCCAGAGUGUGGGGAACUUCCAGUCGUUGUCGCGGCAACCCCUCAAAGCCACAGCCUACGUCAGCCCCACUGUGAAAGGGCCAGUUACCAUGCCGACCUCCACCAGUCUGCAGUCCCUGAGCGGCAUCAGUGGGAUCCCCCUCCCCAGUAAACCAGCCGUGGGGGUUGGGGGCACUCCUACACCCCCCCGGAGCAGCCUGCCCCGCCCAGCCUCCUUUAUCGGGACCAGCUCCACCCCUCGAAGCAAGAUCGCCCAACCCACACGCAGUUUAUUGACGCCUCCUAAGAGCUUGUCCACCCUGAGUGCCCUACGAGACGGGAGCUGGAGAGAUGGCUGCUACUGAGACAGGGAUGAAUGGAGACAUGAAUGGAGAGAUGAGAUCCAGAGAAGAAGAAGAGCUGGCAAUGUAGAGAGACCCUGCUGGUUGGGGUCACUCACUGCCACACAAAGUGUUCUUGGGGAAUUGAGAAGGCAGGUCAACCAAACUAUAGGGAAUAACAACCUUGUGUAGAAUGCCCUCAUGAUUGGGUAUGUGAGGUGUGGUCAGCACUCAACAUGCAUUCUCCACCUGUCCAAUUUGGUCUGUGCCAAGGGGAAUCCCCCUGUUGAUAGUUUAUGCACUAACAAGUUUUAACCACAUUAUGGUUACAUUAACAUAGAAAGAGCUGCCACUUUAUGCUAAUUAAGCCACAAUUAGUUUUUUUUUUACUUUGGAACUCUGAUUAAUAAAAGGUGUAUUUUCUCUUAAUGGAGAGCACCAAAUAUGCUGCUAAAAAAAAGUCAAAAUCAAUCCCUAUUGUCUGGGUGUAUUUGGUCUAAUUUUUACAUGGCAAGGUAUAUUUCAAAUAAAUCUUAUAUUAUUUAUUAUGUUAUGAUUAGUGUAGAGACUAAAGUUAACUUUCAGUGUGCAUUGUUGGGAUGCUGAUCGUAUUGAUGCAAUAUUCUUCAUUAUUUUUUUUAUGUGAAGCAUAUUAACCAAAUUAAAGCUAAUGUCUGAAUCUGUUUACAAAAUGUCUCACCAAGACAGGGAAAUGACUUCAAGUUGUGUUUUGGACACUUUUUAAACUAUAAAGAUUCACUGGCAUAUCUAUGAAA